GACGUCACGGUAGUGGGGAGAGCGUGGGCUGCCGCGGAGUCAGACCAUCGAGCCGCCGGCAAUCGCUGGGCGGGAAGCAUGGCUUCUGUGACCUGCAGCAGACCGAGGAGAACCCGGCUGUGGUACGGCGUGUUCGGGUUCACAGCCGCCUUACUGCUGUCCUCCACCCUCCUCGUGCUACUCUGGCUGCUGUCGAACCAGAGAGACUCCAUGAGUGAAACUGUACCCCGUGCUAACAUCCGGGACAUCCCCGUGGUUUCCAUGGAAACCAAAGAUUCCGUCAACCUUGCCUUCAGCCAGAGCGGCGGGUACGUGAAGAGAACUUCGCUGACCAAGUGGCGGAAGGUACGCCGGCGGGGCAGGAGGGAGAACGCGCCCAUAGACGACGAAGACUACGUUGGGGAUGAACAGCGGGAUAUCCACUGACUCUUCUCGAUAGGACUCCCUUGGAGAGUUUUUACGAUGCCAGGCCAUGCUGAA